UCGAUCGCACACCGCCGCGCCACGCUUCCUUCCCCAACCCCGACACGGACGCCUCGCCGUCGCCGGGAAAAGCAUCCGACAAUGAGCGCCGCCGCGGCCAACGUCGCCGUCAUCGGAGCCGGAAUCACGGGCGCCGUGUGCGCGUCGCUGCUGGCCGCGCGCGGGGUGGCGGUGACGCUCUUCGACUCCGGCCGCGGCGCCGGCGGCCGCAUGGCGCAGCGGAGGGAGGUGAUGGACGACGGCACGGAGCUGCGCUUCGACCACGGCGCGCCGUACUUCACCGUCGGCAACGACGAGGUUGCCCGGGUCGUGGGCGGGUGGGAAGCGCGCGGGCUCGUCGCCGAGUGGAAGGCCAUGUUCGCCUGCUUCGAUCGGGAGACCGGAAAAUUCAGGGAUUUCGAUAAGGAGGGAACAACUAAGAAGUAUGUGGGAGUUCCAGGCAUGAACUCAAUAUGCAAAUCUUUGUGCCAAGAGGAUGGUGUGAUGGCCAAAUUUGGUGUCACAGUCGGAAAGAUGGAUUGGCUUCAAGACAGGAGCUCAUGGUCACUGGCUAGCUUGGAUGGCAAAGAUCUUGGCAAUUUUGAUUAUGUGGUAGCAACAGAUAAGAAUGUAGCAUCACAAAAGGUUUCUGGACUCACUGGAAAACCGCCACCUCUUGAUUUUUCAGCAUUUCCACAUUUGUCAACAAUGUUUCAAGAUAUCCCAGUCCGCCCCUGUUUUGCUCUGAUGCUAGCAUUCUCGGAGCCUCUGGCUAUGGUACCUGUCCAAGGGUUUUCUUUCUACAAAUCCGAUUGUCUAAGCUGGGCAUUUUGCGACAGUAGUAAGCCAGGACGUGCAUGUGUUCCUGCUAACAUUCAAUCGUGGGUACUACGUUCAACCACUGAGUAUGCUUCUAAGGUAAUAAGCAGUAUGGGUCCCCGCAAACCAUCGGCAGAUGCCCUUGCUAAGGUGGCAGAAGAAUUGUUUAAAGAAUUUCUAGCAACCGGACUGAACAUUCCACAACCAAUUUUUAUGAAAGCUCAUAGAUGGGGUGGUGCUUUCCCGGCCAUUUCUAUUGGCGGUGAUGAUAAGUGUGUGUGGGAGAAGAGUAUUAGGUUGGCUAUUUGUGGAGAUUUCUGUGCAAGUCCAAGUGUGGAAGGGGCUGUUCUUAGUGGUACGAGAGGUGCUUCUAAAAUCCUUGGAUGUUUAAACUUGCCGUCAGGAUUGUGAGUUUUGACUGACACGAAAGUCAUGAUGUUUCCUCUUUGUUCUGUAUUUAUGUGUGCAUCUGUCAUUUUAGAGAUGCACUUAUUUUGUAUAGAAACAGUUAAUCAUGUCCCUGAUGGGAGCCAUAUUGUUUGUUGAAUAUUACAAUGCGAAAUAAGAAAUAAGUUCCGAUGCUCAUGCCAA